AUGAAAUCGCCGUCGCCACCAUCUCUCACUCAAGAGCACCGCGCAAAGCCAUCGUCGUCCAACAUAUCUCCAGCUCGAUUCACUGCACUUCUCAACUGCUCCAGAAACCUGAAGCAUGCUGCCCAAAUCCAUGCCCAGCUCGUCGCCCGUAAUUACCUCUCUGCCCCACUUCUCUUCAACAACCUCCUCAACCUCUACUCCAGGUGCGGCCACGUUUCUCGAUCUCUCGCCCUCUUUUCAGCCUCAGAUUCCAAAACCCACACCAAGAACGUCUUCACCUACACAUCCCUCAUCACCCACCUUUCCCGCUCCAAUCUGCACUCCAAAGCUCUUGCCUUUUUCAACGAGAUGAGGUCGAGGGAUAUUUUCCCCAACCAUUUCACGUUUUCCGCUGUCUUGCCGGCUUGCGGGCGUGCGGCCGAGGGGGCACAGAUGCACUCGUUGGUGUUCAAGCACGGGUUUGAGUGGGACGUGUUUGUGGGAAGCGCAUUGGUGGAUAUGUAUGCAAAAUCGGGCGACAUGGGUUGUGCGGGGAAGGUGUUUGAUGAAAUGCCCGAGAGAAACCUCGUGUCUUGGAAUUCCGUGGUUGUGGGUUUUUUCCAAAACGGAUGUUUUGGUGAGGCGAUUUCUUUCUUCUCCAGGUUGGUGGCAGAGAAUGCAUUGAGACCCGAUCAAGUGAGUUUCUCAAGCGUUUUGAGCGCCUGUGCCAACUUGUCUGAGGCGAUGGUGGGGAGGCAAGUCCAUGGAAUGGUCAUUAAGCAUGGCCUGGAGUACUUGGCUUACGUGAAGAACUCUCUAAUGGACAUGUACUGUAAAAGUGGUGGUUUCGAUGAUGCCGAGAAAUUGUUCAGGACUACAGAUGAUCGAGAUGCGGUGACGUGGAAUGUUAUGGUGAUGGGAUUUGUCCAGAAUGGUUAUUUUGAGGAUGCUUGCAAUUAUUUCUGGUUCAUGAGACGUGAAGGUGUGUCGCCUGACGAGACUUCAUUUUCAACCGCGCUCAAUGCUGCUGCGGGCAUCGCUGCGCUGGAUCAGGGCUCUGUAGUCCAUAAUCAGAUAAUAAAAACAGGAUUCGUAGGAAACACUUGUGUCGCAAGCUCAUUGAUUGCAAUGUAUUCAAAAUGUGGGAGCUUAGCGGAUGCUAGACGGAUAUUUGAUGAGACUAAAGUACAUAAUGUGAUAUCAUGGACAGCUAUGCUUUCGGCAUAUCAACAGCAUGGCUGUGCAAAUCAGGUUAUAGAAUUGUUUGAUAAUAUGGUACAAGCAGGUUUUGAGCCUGACUACAUUACUUUCGUCUCUGUUUUGUCGGCUUGUGGGCAUACUGGGCAAGUUGACAAUGGCUUUUCCUACUUUUAUUUGAUGAGUGAGAAGUAUAACAUGAGACCAGGGCUUGAACACUAUGCUUGCAUGGUUGACUUGCUUGGUCGUGUGGGCCGUUUGUAUGAUGCCAAGAGAUUUGUGGAGGAUAUGCCGAUUAAACCCGAUGUGUCUAUUUGGGGGGCACUGCUUGGGGCUUGCAGAAAACAUGGUGAUCUUGAUUUGGGUCGAGAGGUUGCGGAAAAGCUUUUUGAAAUGGAACCCAAUAAUCCUGGAAAUUACGUGUUGCUACACAACAUGUAUGCUCACGGAGAGCGAUUAGAAGAAGCUACUGAGGUGCGGAGAUUGAUGGGGUUUAAUAGAGUGAAAAAGGAGCCAGGCUUGAGCUGGCUUGACUUUAGAAACACGACCCACAUUUUUAAAGCUCAUGACAGAACACAUUCUAUGACGAAAGAGAUAUAUGAGAUGCUGGGAAAACUGGAGGAGCUCGUGAAGCAGAAAGGAUAUGUUCCUGAAAUCCAGUAUGCAAUUAACGAUGUGGGAGAGUACAAGGAGCGAAGCCUGUGGUACCACAGCGAAAAGUUAGCCCUUGCGUUCGGACUGCUGAUACUACCGACUGGGGCACCCAUUCGGAUAAAAAAGAAUCUUAGAACAUGUGGCGAUUGCCACGUCGUUAUGAAGUUUGCUUCGGAAAUUUUUCAAAGAGAAAUUAUUGUUAGAGACAUUAAUCGUUUUCACAGGUUUUCCGGUGGUGAAUGUUCCUGUGGAGACUAUUGGUGA